ACCGCUUCCAGUCUCCGGAGUUAGCAGGGAGCUAGCCAUGAGCUAACGCGUAGCUAGCUGAGUCUUUCCAUUCCGCUACCAAAACCCAGGCUUCGUCGAACAGAAGAACUGUUCAAACUGUGAACGCCGUCAUAUCUACCGUCCCUCUCUCCACCGCCUUUUCACAGUCAGAUUUCUUGCUACACAGAGCCAUGGCAGCUGCUAAGCCAAAAGGGCAGAACUCUCUGGCCCUCCACAAAGUGAUCAUGGUGGGAAGUGGAGGAGUAGGGAAAUCAGCCCUCACCCUCCAGUUCAUGUAUGAUGAGUUUGUUGAAGACUAUGAACCGACUAAAGCAGACAGUUACAGGAAGAAAGUGGUGCUGGAUGGAGAAGAGGUACAGAUUGACAUCCUUGACACAGCUGGACAAGAGGACUAUGCAGCUAUCCGGGAUAACUACUUCCGCAGUGGCGAGGGUUUCCUCUGUGUAUUUUCCAUCACAGAACUGGAGUCAUUUGCAGCGACAGUAGACUUCAGAGAGCAGAUUUUGCGAGUGAAGGAGGAUGAGAAUGUGCCGUUCCUUCUUGUCGGUAACAAAUCAGAUUUGGACGACCGAAGGCAGGUCAGCGCAGACGAGGCGAAGGCCCGUGCUGAGCAGUGGGGUGUCUGCUAUGUGGAGACCUCAGCCAAAACCCGUGCCAAUGUUGACAAGGUGUUCUUUGACCUUAUGAGAGAGAUUCGGGCGAGGAAAAUGGAAGACAGCAAAGAGAAGAAUGGGAAGAAGAAAAGCAAAAGUCUGGCCAAGAGAAUUAGAGAGCGAUGCUGUAUUUUAUAGUGGUAAAAGAGAGCAGAUUGCUGUUUAUGUGUAUAUAUACAUUUCUCAGACUUUUGCAUUUAUUUUGUGCCCAUACUUGACCAUGACUUCUGUUCCUGGCUAACAGGAUAUCUGACCAUGUGUCAGGGUAGUGAGGUGGCACCCCAUACACCAUUUAUAGCUCUAACUUUUUAUGUGCUGACACUCCAAAUAAUUUAUGUACUUAUGUACUCUGACCACGUUACAGAGUGGAAUAAAUGGGUGGUGUUUUAAUUUAGGCCUAAGCUCAAACAGAGGCUAAGCCAUGAAACGUUACAAAACCUUUCAAUGUAAAGUUUGACGUGUAUAAUAUAUUCAGACAAUAGUGCAGUGCAGGUUCAAAAGGAAAGUACAACUGAAGGUGUCAGCGUGAAGGUUUAAAUGGGGUGAAAUGCAACUGGAGCUCAGUACUGGGAAGCCCGAAGUAAUCUAAUUAGUCUUUGGUAGGAAGUGUAAGUAAACAGACUCAGCGGUGUAGUGUCAAAGGAAAUUCAUCAAGUGCCACCAAGAAAAUGUUCAUUGCACUGGUGAUCUAUGAAGCAUUGUGAUAGAAGGAACGUUGCAUUAACUAAGUCAGAGCGGAAAUUCAAUAGCAUUGCUAGUUGUCCUAUUUUAACAUGUGGUAUAGUUAUGAACACUUAUUUUUAUCUGUGAAGUCCAACUUUUCUUUCACUCUUCUAUCAUCAACCAAUGUAAAAUAAGAACACUAACAUUUCCAUUUUUUCCCCCCAUCAGUCAUUAUGUGGAACAUUCUCAAAUGCACAAACAUUGUUGGUUGCCCGAAAUUUCUGAAGAAUUUUAAAGCACUUGAACUUUUUUUCAGUUCCAAUAUUUCAAAUGUUUUUACCUCGCUAGUCAAUAACUUUCAUUGCCUUUUCUUUGCGAUGACGGAAUCCCUGGUGCUCUGAUAAGAGGUGAUUCCAUAACACUACAUUCUUUCCAUUAUAACUUUAUAACACAACUUGUUAUAAUAAAAUACUUCCAGACAUGUAAGGAUUUCUUUUAGCAGUUUUCCUCUGAAAGGCUCUGACCUCCCCUCUAUUUAAAUAAAUUUGUAUUGAGACUAAAGUGAGGGUAAAUUCAUUAAUUCAUUACGUUAAAACCAUGUGCCCACUUGGUAGAAGUAUGGUGAAGGUGGGAUCUGUCCAAAAACAGUGGCUCUCAGUUACCAAAGAAUAACGCUAGCUAGUACAAACAAGUGCCCGCUUACCAUUUGAAGUGAAUGACAACCUGCUUCAGUGAGCAUCAAACAUCACAUUUUGAAGUGUUUGUGUAACAACUGUCUUUGUUAAACUGAUGAGACUGACUGGUCGGGGAAAGUAAUAAGGUUUCCAGGGCUUUUUCAUCUGCAGUGCAUCACUGUUGCCUCUGUCCAUUGUGAAUGUGAAUAAUUCUCCAUGCUCAUCCUGUUUGCCUGGAAUCUUAGGCUGCCAAUGAUGUGCAGAGUUUAGAGGGCAUGAUAUUGUACUUUGUUUACUUUACUUACAUCUUGCACUAGCCUACCUACCUACCCAGUGUAACACUGCUGUAGUGACAUCCUAAUUAAAUACCUAAUGCGUUUCUUUGAUCAUGAACAGUAGGUAGGGGAACAGUUUUACGAGCAGGUCAAGAUUAAAGCAGUAAAAUGAGGACAUGAUUAAUGGCUAAAUUGCAUAGACCUAAGCACACUGUGAAAUCUGACCCUUGUCUUUGUUUAUUGUUUUUUUUGUUUUAUUUGGCUGAGCUGCUGUUUUCAUUAGUCAGCCAUUCAGACGUCUUUAUCACUUUCACUCCGAUCACUUAUUAAAGUAAGUGCGUGUGCACUGGUAACAGCAACAGCUUGCUAUUUACUUUAAAGAAUUUCCUUUACCAAGAGGAUGCCCAACUAUAGAGUCUAUGCAAAAAUAAAAGAUUGUUGUAAUUUCAAAGAGGAGGUUAAUCUGAAACUUGAAGUAUUAGUAGGCUUCUAAUAGGAUGGAGUGUGGUAGAAGUGCUUAGUUAAGCACAAACACUGUUUGGGGAUCUGACCAAUCAAAACCAACACCGUUCAAAUAUUGUGCAGCAUUUUAAGUUUGAUUUUUUUUGUGAUUUUUAGUUCAUAUGUGAAAACAAACUAUUUUGGCUUUCAUCACAGGCUUUGUCUUAUUUUUUGAGUGUGAUAAUUGUUUAGCAAGAAAAGACAGCAAUGCAUUAGAAUGUGUGGUCUUUCACUCAAAAGCACACAGGUUUUAGGGUAGAAAUAUGAGAGAUAUUAGAUAUGUGACGGGUUGAGAGGUGAGCUCAAUCCUGAAAAUGUCCAGAGCAUCAGAGAAUGUUUGGGAAGUGUUUGGUUAAAUUUGCUUUAAGGGCUAACCUCCAGUACGCCAUUACACGAGUAAAACACCAUGGAAGUUAAAGUGACCAGUACGGAGAGAGACGUACAGUGGAACAGUCUCAGUCUGUUUUGAGAUACCUUCCUUAGCAUGUGGCUGUUAAGUUGAUUAAGUGCUGUGUGUCUUCAUUGUUGAGGAUUGCAAAAGCUAAACUUAGUGCUUGCUUACUCUAACACCGGAUUAACAGUUUUAUUGUAACGCAAACAUACAGAAGAAUAAACUUUCUUUCUCUUUAUUCUCUUUGUUUAACAGACUCAAUGGCCCUAACAUUUUCAGCAAGAUAGUUAAACAGAUGUUUGUGUGAAAGCUAAGAGUAAACUGUCUACUGGAUAUUCAAAAAACCUGUUUUGCCUUUUGUAUAAAACCCUUGGAAUAAGACAUGGGUAUCUGUGUCUUUGUUUGGGUGGUUGUAUGUAUGCCAUCAGUUAAACGUUUCCUUCAUGUUGACUUAUUUUAAACAUAACCACUAAUGUAGCCUGUUUGUGAAUGCAAGAGGUGAAACUUACAUUUCAGUACAUUUUUGUGAGUUGGAAAAUGGCAAAUAAAAUGGAUAUUACUAAUAA